AUUUGCCUAAUAAUAUAUUUUUUUUUUUUUUUAGGACCAUAACAUCACUCAACUAUUUCUGUUUCCCUCAAAAUAUACUUGACAUAAUUCAACAUCAUUCUCUUUCCUAGUAGGAUGCCAUGUCACAUUUUUCUCUUUUAAUAAUAAGGAUGCCAUGUCACAUUUUUCUUUUUUAAUAAUGUGUUUUAACUUUUUAAAUCACCAAAUCUUUUACGAGAAGAAGAGUACAAAGACGCAAAUUUUCUACCCAAAAAGUUUUCUAGGUCCUGAGGCAACAUCUACAUGGAAGCCUCUAGUUUUUUGAGGAAAAAUGUGGGUUCUUCAAUGAAUAAUUUUAUGAAUUUACAGAAUGGAUUGUAUCCCCAGCUGCUGUAUACCUUUGAUGUCGACCAAAGAGAUCAUCACGAGGGAUAUUCUGUUGUUUGAAUCUGGAUUUCUAUGUUGAACAUGGGAGGCAUCUACUCUUAAGGAAUUGUUUGAAUCUGCGUUUCUUGUGUGUAGAACAUGGGAAGCAACUCCGCUGACUCCUUUCAUCCUCAAUUUUAUUGCCAAUUAUAGUAAUUCUCUCAACUAGUAUCAGUAGAUGUUAUCAUUGGAAGCUAAUAUUUCACUCAAAAUUGAGGAUAUAUAUUGACAUUGUCUUUGAUGAGGAUACACAUUGACAUUAGUCAUCAACAGUUAGAUUAAUAGAAAUGAAAAAAGCAAGUCAAUUACUUAAAACGAUUUCCACAUUCAGUCAUUUAUUUGGCAUAUUUCUUCACCAAACCACAGAGCACAACUGAAUGCAGGAUAAAUUCCCACAUCUAAUAUCUAGAAGAACUCCCGUGGACCGACACGUGACUGUCUCAAAAAAGGACCAAGUAAAAAAAAAAAAAGUUCAAAAGGGCGACUCCAAGCACCUAAUAUUAGUCAUGUAUACGCAACACAAGUCUUGUAUUAUAUUCAAACUUGCGAUGUUCACUGAAGUUGAGAAGCACAUUAUGACCUUGUAGAAAUUUUGUGAAAGGAAUACAACCACUGCAAACUUUCAAAGCAAUACUUUCAUAACCAAAAAUUAGAUUACAUCUGUGUUACGCCACAUACUAUAUGAGAAAGCUGAGAGGUGACUAAGAAAAAUCAGUCCUCCUAACCCAGUUAUUCGACUUCUUCAUCCUCCUCCGCCUCAGAAAAAGCUGAAAUCCUUGUGCCAGAAGACUUCAAAUUCUCAUUUUAAGUAAUCCUGCAUUUUGUCCCGAAACUAUUGCACCUUAUAUCUCUAAUGUCUAUAAAUAUCUUGCAUCUUCAUGAAAAAAUCUGAAUUGUAUUUGUCUUAAUUGUCUAGUCGAGCAACUUAUGUAAUAGAAAUUUUAAUAACCUUAUUCUGCCCAUAUAUGUUCAUUGAAAUUUCCUGAAGCACAAUAAGCUUCUUAAGUGUUGGGCGCAGUUGUUCCAUUCCGUUUGUUUGAACAAGUCAUAGAAAGUAAACUGUUUUAAUCAAACAUUUUUCCUGUUUUUCAACAUUAAAUGCUUGUUGUAGGAGUAUCCAGAUGCAACAAAGCAAUUUGAAUCUUUUUUGAGCCGUGUUAAAAGUAAAGAUAUUGAUCUGAAUGAUGGAGAAGAGACUGAUAAUGUUGCAGAAACUAUAGAUGAGGAAGAUUUUCAUGAUUCAGAUUAUCACCUUUCUGACGAAGACGAUGACUUUCAGGAGGUUAUAAUUGUAAACAAAAAUGUGAAAAAGAGGGGACGACCAAAAAUUCCACCAGGCUCUAUCAAUGUACCGUCCAGUUCUACAAUUGUAGCACCACACGUUGUUGAUACUGAAUCUGAUUAUGUAGAUUCAAAUGAACUGUCGGAGGAGGUUGAGUCUGAUAAAAAUGAAGAUAUGGUCCAGGAAAAGGUUACCUUCGAAGAGUAUAAUGAAGCUAAACACUAAGAUAAGCCGAUAUUAGAACUAGGGAUGACAUUUGGAAGUUUUGAAGAAUUUAAACAAGCUUGUAUGGAGUGGGACAUCAAAAAUAGAAGACAAUUAAGUUUUAUCCCAAUGAUACAGAGAGGAUGGUAUGCAUUUGUAAGCGAGAUGACUGUCCAUUUAGGAUUUAUGCUAGUAAAUUGAGUCAAGAUAAUUCUAUUGUGCAGAUUAAGUCUAUCAAUUUGACUCAUAAUGGUGGCAUGGUGUUUGAUAAUCCCCACAUGACACCAAAAUAUAUUGCUAAAAGGUAUUUGGAAUUUUUUAAAGCUGAUCCAGAUUGGAGUAUAAAUGGAAUCAUAGCUAUGGUCAAACAAGACUUAAGUUAUACGAUAUCAUAUAAAAAGGCAUGGAAAGCCAGAGAUCAAGCUCUAAAAUGGAUAGUUGGAGAUGAGAGCCUCCAGUACGGUAAGCUUCUAUCAUAUAGAGCAGAGUUGUUGAAUUCUAAUCCUAGAUCAACUGUUGUAAUUUGGAGAGAUGAUGAAAAAUUUCAGGGUUUUUAUGUGUGUUUUGGCGGGCUGAAAGUAGCAUUUAAGUCAGGGUGCAGACCUUUUGUUAGUCUAGAUGGAUGCUGGUUAAAAGAAAACUUUGGAGGAAAUUUAUUGUCAGCAGUGGCUAUAGACCCGAAUGAUUGUAUUUUUCCUAUUGCCUAUGCUGUCAUAGCUCAAAAUGAAAGUAAAGAAACUUGGAGUUGGUUCUUGGAGAUUCUUGGAGAGGAUCUUGAAAUAAGGUACAACCAUCACAUAACAUUUAUGUCAGACAGGCAAAAGGGCUUAAUUGAUGCAGUUAAGGACCUAUUUCCUUUUGCUGAACACAGAACUUGUGUUCGACAUAUGUAUCAAAACUUCAGAGGAAAACACAAAAGUCAAAGCUUUGAAAGAUUUGGUGUGGAAUGCAACAAUUGCCAGUAAUGAAAUAUUAUUCAAGAAAUGUAUGGAAAAAAUUGAGCAGGAAGAUAGAGAGGCAAGAAAAUGGUUCAAUCAUCCAGAAAGACCCUUCCAAAGUAGGACUAGAGCCUUGUUCAAAACAAAUACUAGAUGUGAUAUGUUGCUCAACAACUUGUGUAAAAGUUUCAAUAAGUAAGUUAAAACGUAUUAUUUUUCUAGCAAUAGUUACUUUUAUCGUACUAAUGCAUAUCUUGUUUUAGGUAUAUACUUGAUGUCAGGGAUAAACCAAUCAUUACAAUGUUAGAAAUGAUAAAGAAUAAGUUAAUGAAGAGAUUGCACAAGAAGAGAAUCUGGAUUGAUAAAUAUCAAGACAUGAUUUGUCCAUAAAUUAUCAAAAAACUUGACAAAAUUAGUAAGGAGGCUGCUAUGUUUAAAGCUGACUAUUCAGGAGGGCCAAAGGUGUUGGUUAGUGGGCCUGGUGGGCCAUAUGUGGUAGAUAUGGUGGCUAAGAGUUGUAUUUGUAGGAGAUUUGAGCUAAUCGGGUUGCCAUGUUCUCAUGCUUAUAUCAGUAUUAUUGAUAACAAUGAAAGAGUGGAAGACUGUGAAUCCAUUCUAUCAAUUGGUACCUUCAAGAAUGUGUAUUCAUAUUAUAUCAAUCCGACAAAUCAUGAAGAUCAUUGGCCAGAAAUUGUAAAUGGUGGACAGGUUCUUUCUCCUAAAGUUGUGAAGAAGAAAAGAGGUAGGAAGCCUUAAAAUAGAAAGAAAGAAUCUGGAGAAUUGGAGAAGCAAAAAGCAGCUGAAGCUGCUACGAAUGCUAAAAAAAAGAGUUGGAAAAAAGACUGAGAAUAUGGGACCCCAAAAGUUAUCUAAAAAAGAUUUUGUAAAAGGAGAUGCUCAAUUUGCAAGAAGGAGGGUCAUAAUGCAAGAGGUCAUUAUAAUGUGCUCAAAAAGACUGUUGACGGUGACAUCUGGGAUGAUUCUAAAUUUUAUCAUCCAUAAAUAUGGAUAAAUUAACAAAUAAAAUUGAACUUAAAAAAGCAGUCAAUUAGAACUCAAGUAAUGAAUUCUUGAUUUAUUUUUUUCAAUUAAUUUAUUGCAAAGUUAUGUUUUUUUUCAUUAGUUUCAUUGCUUAAUUGUUUUUUUUUUUCUCUAUUAUUGGCUCAAGAAGGAGUACAUGUUAAAUCUGUUGAUUGAUCUUCUUUUACAACAAAGAAAGGAAGUCAUUUUGAAAGAAAAAUCAUGAAGGGUUAUGUAGUUUUGCAAAAGAAAAGAAACUUUAGUAAAAUAUAGAGAUUAUACAUUAGUAUUUUUUGUUAGUUAUGUGAAGCACUUUAGACAAGUUAUGUGUUUCUUUUGUUAAAACUUCUGUGGUCAUUAUGGUGUGUUAUACUUGCCUAUAAAAUAUUAUUUAGCUAUAAAUUAUAGUAAGUUAUGACACACUUUUAUGAAGUAUUGAUGCUAAAAUUUGUUAUUUUGAAAGUCAAAUUUGUUUGUGCAUAUAUUUUGGUAAGGCAGAGAAGAAAAUUUAUUGUUAUGUUUUGUCUUCUUGAUUAGCUUUAAGAAACUAAUUUAAUUUUUUUCUUUCAUAAGAGAAAGGCAAAUUUUUGUAUGAAGAGAAGUUGACGUUUAUGCAAAUACUUGUGAAUGAAAUUGAGAACAAAAGAAAAAGGCUAAAUUUUUGUAUGAAGAGAAGGUGACGUUCAUGCAAAUACUUGUGAAUGAAAUUGAGAAUAAA